AGGCAGGUGAGUUUUCUUCAUUUUAGAAUAGUAACCUGAAAUGCUAUAAGAAAUAAUGGUACAGUUAUAGGUGUGGAAUUGAAGUCAAAUUUCAAAUUUCUUUAGUUCAUAUUACUGAUGCAAAUCUUAUUACACUCAUCUCGAUACGUACUGCAAAUUGUCGAGAACUUGAAGUGGGGUAUCUAAUAUAGGCAAAAUCAUAAGUUAAGCCCCUGAACCAACCCUAGAAUCACUAUUAAGCCCCUAGACUUUAAUUGAUGCAGUUAAGCCCUUAAACUCUGUUAUCAAAGCAAUUAAGCCCUUCUUCUUAAGCUAACUUAACUGCCGUUGAGGACACACCCCGCUUGGCUGCUUGGAUGGCAAAAUAUUGCCAUGUCAUGCUUACAGGUGAUCAUCAAAGACAUUAAGACUUAAAAGAAAUUAGUUAAGUUGCAGUUGAGAAAAAGAAAAAUCAUUCUCUAGUCGAGGAGGAUGAGGGAGGAUGUUGUUGACGCCUUGAAAAAAUGCGCGGAGGCGCUUCAAUAUGGGAAUCCGAGACUUGCAAAUGCAGAGAUGGGAAGAGUUCUUUUUCUUGCUGAAGAGGAAACCGAGACUGCAACUAGAAUAUUGAUCGAAUAUUUUGCACAGGCUCUCGCUUGCCGAGCCUGUGGACUUCAUCCUAAAUAUUUUUCAUUCCCAUCACCUGGCUGGAAGUAUUGGAUGUAUUACUGGCAUGGCCUUUUUUUAACUGUAGGUCAGUUUAUUUCAACUGUCGUCAAGGGAAAAUGCAAAGUCCAUGUUAUUGAACUUGUCAAGCACAUGGAUGGUUAUGAGCAAUGGGAAUCCAUUAUUUCUGAGCUUGAUUACUGGGGUGACCUGACGCAUUUAAGGUUAAGUUUACUUGUACAAGAAAAAGUUGAAUUUUCGAAAGAAAGGGUGGAGGAACUUAUUCGGAGGGCUGAAUUUCGUUGCAUUAAGUUGGAAUAUAAGAUUAUUGCUGUUAACAGUUUCGCUGACAUUGAUGUGUCUUUACUGGAGAUGCGGGAUGGCGAGUUUGUGGUUGUGAAUUGCAUGUUUGUAUUCAGCAAAAUGUUAUCUGAGGCAUUAGCUCUGGAGAAGCUGUUACAAAGGGUGAGGGAUGUCAUGAGAGUGGAUGUUAUGAUUGUUGUAGAGCAUGAUGCUAACCACAAUCAGUCUGAUUUUUUAUUGCGGUUUGAUGAAUCACUUAGAUAUUAUUCUUCUCUAUUCCAAGAUUGUUGGAGCGGUCACGAUCGUAUGGCUGAGCCGUAUUAUAGAUAUCAAAUAGGGAACAUAGUGGCGUGUGAGGGUAGUAACAGGGUGGAGCGGCACCAGACGUGGGCUCAAUGGAAAUCCUUGCUUAUUGAUUCUGGAUUUUCUAUUUUUAACUCGUUUAUUAAAUGGGAAAACGACGAAAAUGAAGAGUGGAUGGAAGAUGGUAUCUUGUCGAUCUUAGGUGGCAAAGCAGAGAAGCGGUCAGUAAUUUUCGUUUCUGCUUGGAAAAUAUUAACAUCUCCCGCCAAAUCAUCGGGCUCUAAUGAAGGUUAGUAUCUUCUACCGAGUUAAACUGGCCCCUUAACACUAACCAAAAAUAUUUAUUUUUGAUUCCACAAGGUUUAUAGCACACAUUAUUCACUGCUGU